AUGGAUAGCGACCGUCAACCCAACGAUCUUGGGCUAAUUGUGGGGUUGGAGGUUCCCCGUCCUGUGGAAGAGGAGGCGUCCAAUGAAGAUGCGCAGGGGACGCCUGCAGGGCCGGUGGUUCCACAUUCUGCCGAGGAGGUGCAUAACGAGGAUGCGCAAGGAAUGCCUGAAGGUAAGGCGCAGAGCGAGGAGGAGGAAGGUACGUCAGGAGGGUAG